AAUAAUAAUAAUAAUUAUACCCAUUAUAUUAUUUUGCAUGCAUGUGUCAAAUAUAUAUGUAUAGAUAAUAAAAAUAGAAAAAAGAAAGUGAAAAUUGGAGCAGCUAAUAGCAGCAGUACUAGUCCUUUGUGCUACCACACAAUUUGGAAUAGUGAUCUUUCUUAUAUAUGAGCAAAAAUGGUAAAACAUUAUCUGCUAAUUGGUAGAUUAUAGUAAAAACUAGCUAACUCUCUCUCUCUCUCCCUCUCUCUCUAGCUGGCUUGCUAGGACUACUGAUCCUUGGAGAAAAUUAAUAUGGAGAGUAGUAAUGAGAAGAAAGGAGUAGAAGAUGAAGCAGAUGCCCUUAAGAAGAGAAUCUCUAGCCAUCCUUUGUAUGGUCUGUUAGUUCAGAAUCACAUGGACUGUUUGAAGGUUGGCAGCAUUGGUGAUGUAGAGCAAACUGAUAACAUGAAGCAGAAGCUAUCUGCUAAAAAGCCCAUCUCAAGCUCUCUCAGUCAGCCAGAGUUAGAUCAAUUCAUGGAAGCAUAUUGCUUAGCAUUAAGCAAGUUGAAAGAAGCACUCGAGGAACCUCAACAUGAAACAGUUGCUUUCAUCAAUAGCAUGCAUCUUCAACUUAGGGAGCUCACAACAAACUAUCCUCAAACUUCUGACCCUUCUCCCACUUCAUCAGGAGGAAAAGAGAUGACUAAUUAAGGAAGGAAGAAUAGAAGAAUGACCCAUAAGUACUGCAAACUUCUUCUAAUUGUGACAAAUUAAUUAUUAAUUUCUGGAGUAGCCAUGCAAUCAGUGGCUGAUAAAACUGCUGUUUUGAUGAGUGCAUGUAAGAGAACAUUAGUCAUUAUAAGUGUAAUUAGGGUACUCUAUUGAUUUUCUUUUUCAGUUAAAAAGAAAUAUAUAUCGUGUUGAAUCAUUAACCUCUUGUAUUUUCUUUUUAUUAAUCGACUCGGAUUAAGAUUCGAACUCGAAACUGUACGGUGCUUAUAUUGGAUCACUGUUAGGGUUUCAGUUCUUUCUUACAAGUUAAAUAGCAAUGAAGGUAGAUAUUUCAGAGGAAGAAAUAAUUAAAUUCUAAUAUUAUUUCAAUGAACUUUAUAUAAAUCAUUGCAAAUCCAUAAAUCUCUUUGUUCUUGUGCUAUGAAAAUUCUCAUAUGCAUCAAAGUAAUCAAACUAAAUGCAAUUUCCUAAUAAGUACAUUAGAAACAUGAUCAGGGUGUUUCUAUUGAAUUGUAUUUACUUGGGAUAAAAUAAAAUAAAAAAAUAAAUAAAAACCAAUAAAAAGAAAUAAAAAUUUUAAGCAAUUUCUCACCAGUUUAACCUUUUAUGUUAACACUGAGUGGCAAUUUUUUGAUGUGCCAUACAAUCA